AUGUUAACUCAUGCCGUUGAUCCUUGUGGUCAGUUUGAAGGAGCUGAGAUCCCCUUGGACCAUAGAGUGGGUGUGUUCAUCACUAUGAACCCUGGAUAUGCUGGCCGCACAGAGCUCCCAGAAUCAGUAAAAGCCUUGUUCCGUCCAGUGGUGGUCAUCGUCCCAGACUUACAACAGAUCUGUGAGAUCAUGCUCUUUUCUGAGGGAUUCCUUUUAGCCAAGGUCAUAAAUCUUAUUUUAGGACAUUUUUGAUAUUUAUUUUUUAGUUAUAAAACAGGGUUUUUGAUUUCUUAUUUUAUCCUUAUUAGAAUUAUGUUGACCAUUCCAUGGAUGUUAGAAUUGUGUUGACCAUACCGUUUGUUUAGGAGGGUCAAACAGGCAUUAUAAUCUAGUUCAUUUAUUGUUCAAAUAAAAAGAUUAACAGGCAGACCAAUAAAAUAUUAAACUCUUUAAACUCUUUGCUGUCUCACACCUAAAAAACUUUUGGAAACCCACGGAGGGGGGGGGGAUUUACCACCAGCUUUCCCAUUUCACAUCAGCCAGAACUGAACGCACUACUACUGUAAUUAAUAACUGUUUGAUUAUUUCACGCAUGUUCUUUGUUGUUCAGUGAACUUUGAAGCAAAGGAUCACCUCAUUUAUUUUUUUGUGGUUGUCCAUGACUUUCUUAGAUCCUGGCCAAGAAGAUGACAGUGCUGUACAAGCUGUCCAGGGAGCAGCUGUCCAAACAGUUCCAUUAUGACUUUGGCCUGAGGGCUCUCAAAUCUGUGCUGGUCAUGGCUGGGGAGCUGAAGAGG